AUGAAACCCGUCGAGUCGCACUCGUACAGGGACCUCCAGACUUUUGGGGGACAUAAGUGUGACCUCAUGUUGGUGGUGGGACACGGCACGGACGGGACCAAAGACAAGCCUUCAGAGAAACAUCUGUUUGCGAUGGACACUUCUAAGAUUCGGGAGGUGACCCUUCUCAUCUGCAGCUACAUCAACAGUGUUCAGCAGCAGAAGUCUGCAGCGCACCACCUCUCUGCUCCAGCCCUGAUGGGGGCGCAGCCCAUCAUGGGGGCGCAGCCCAUCAGCCUCAAAACCAAAGACCUGAGGAGCAAGUCUCCUCCUGCUGUGGGACGUCCCAGCAAAGCUCCCACUCUGCUCUGA